CAAAUACCAAGCCAACUCGAAAUAACCUAAUUCAAAUUUUGACUUGUUUGAACACUAUUUUAGCAUUGCCUAACUCGACCCGACUUUACCAAACCGACUUGGAUACGCGUAUUGUCAUCUCUGAUUAGACAUUUACAGUCCGGGGGCACUACGGAAAACUCCGUAACAAGUACGAGUAACAAUCCGACUGUGGUUGCUUCAUCUGCAUUCUCUCCUGCAAAAAGGGGACAUGAAGAAAUGAGAGGCUUCUCAAAUUUAGCUUCUAGGGCUUCUCCUGCGCUUAGAAACUCUACUCAAAAUCCCCCAAAUCAAUUGAAAACCUUCCAAAAACAAAACCCUUCAAUUGUUACUUCAAAAUACCAGCAAUUUGAAGCGAGAAAUUUGGGAGGUAAGUCUUCGCUCAAUCCUCGUUUUAACAAUUCCAGCUUUAGGUAUACUUCUGAACACAAAUUUCCCCCAAAUUCAAUUGAUCAUAUAACCCUAACUCAGAUUUUAUUGAGAAAAGAUUGGCAUUUGUUGCUAAACCAUGAAUUAAAGGCUGGGAGGGUGGUUCUAACCCCACAAUCUGUGGUUAGUAUUUUGCACAAUCAUGAAAACUUGUUAAUUUCAAUUAGGUUUUAUAUUUGGGUUUUGAAUAUUAAUCCAUUAUUCCAAAAGAAUCAGCAAAUUCGCGGUGUUUUGGGUAAUAAUCUAUAUAGAAAAGGUCCGGUUUUGUUGAAUGCUGAGUUAGUUGAGGAUAUUAGGAGUUCUGGGUAUCAGAUUACUGAGGAUUUUAUAUGUAUUUUGAUUGGAAGUUGGGGUAGAUUAGGUUUAGCUAAGUAUUGCGUUGAGAUUUUUGGACAAAUUUCAUUUUUGGGUCUUAGUCCUACUACUAGGUUAUAUAAUGCUGUACUUGAUGCUUUGAUAAAGUCGAAUUCGCUUGACUUGGCGUAUUUAAAGUUCCAGCAGAUGUGUGCUGAUUAUUGUAAACCGGAUAGGUUCACCUAUAAUAUCCUUAUUCAUGGGGUUUGCAAGGCCGGAGUUGUCGAUGAAGCUCUUCGGUUGGUUAAGCAGAUGUCGAGUUUAGGUUAUGCACCUAAUGUGUUUACAUAUACCAUACUAAUUGAUGGAUACUGUAAUGCUAAUAGGGUAAAUGAUGCCUUAAGGGUUUUGGAGACAAUGAGGGUUAAGAAAGUGGCUCCUAGUGAUGCUACAUAUAGGUCACUGGUGCAUGGAGUGUUCCGUUGUCUUGGGAAAAAUGAGGCAUUUAAACUGUUAUCUGGAUUUGUUGAGCGAGAAUCAAUUUUGCCUAAAGCACUUUGCGAUACUAUAUUGCUCUGCCUCUCGAAUGACUCUAUGGCCAGAGAGGCAGCUUCAUUUUUGAGAAAAUGCAGGGAAAGAGGCUAUCUGCUUGAUACUUCUGUUUUUAACAUCACAAUGAAUUGUUUAAUAAAGAAACUGAAUGUUGAGGAGACUUGUGAAAUAGUGGAUAGCUAUAUAGAAUUAGGUUUAAAUCUAUCGUUUCAAAGUUAUCUUACCCUAAUUGAAACUUUGUUCAAAGGGGGAAAAGAGAGAGAAGGAAGUCAGUAUUUGAUGCAGAUGUUUCAAGCUGGAUUACUAUCAAAUGUGAACUCGUACAAUAUGGUAAUAGAUUGCUUGCUGAAAGCUAGGAUGGCUGAAGAGGCACUAGAUAUGUUCUUAGGGAUGCAACAAGGAGGCAUUACACCAAACCUUACUACUUUCAAUACAUUAAUUGAUGGGUGUUUUAAAACUGGGAAAAUAGACAGGGCUUGUGAAUUCUUGGUGACGCUCUUACAGCAUGGUUUUAAACCAGAUAUAUUCACUUUUAGUACAGUAAUUGAUGGUCUCUGUCGGGUGAACAAGAUUAAAGAUGCAUUUGAUUGUUUUGCGGAAAUGAAGGAGUGGGGUGUUAAUCCUAAUUCAGUGACAUACAACAUAUUGAUUCGCUCUUUGUGCAUUGUUGGGGAUAUUUCUCGUUCCAUUGCAUUGUUUAAAAAGAUGCAAGCUGAUGGAAUAAGCCCAGAUGCUUAUUCAUUCAAUGCUUUGAUUCAAAGCUUUUGCAAAAUGAAUAGGAUUGAAAAGGCAAAACAUUUGUUUGUCUCCAUGAUUGCCUCGGGGCUGGCUCCAGACAGUGUCACUUAUGGUGCGCUAAUUAAAUCAAUGUGUGAUACUGGUAAAUCUCACGAGGUGAUGGAUAUUUUAAUGUCAAUGGAAGCUAAUGGAUGUGUUCUGGAUUCAUGUACCUGUAAUUUACUUGUCGAUACCCUUGUAAAAUUGGGUCAGUUCAAAGAAGCCCAGGAAGUUGUCAGUAAAUGCAACCAGUGGGGUGUAUCAGUGAAGUCUGUCUCAAUUUUGUGAGCCUUGAUUUCAAGUCCUGUUCUGGGCCUUCUGGCAUUUGAGCUGCCCCGAAGGAGGUUUAGUCCCAAAGCAUAUGCUGUGUGUUCCCAUUUACUGCUGACUUGGCUGCAUCAGAGGACUCUUUAAUCUGGAUUUUGGGGAAACUUUUCUAGGCAACCAAAAUGCUACAUCCCAAAAGAUGGCUAGUAUGCGACAAUCUUUUAAAAGACUGCUUGGUCUAGGAGCUAUACAUUGUGGAGCAACUAUAGCUUCAGAAAUAGAGAGGUGUUGCCGUGUGAGAUAUAUUAUUGUGCCCCUCAGAGGAAGUGACAGUCGUGGGAGGAGUAUAGCAGGUGAAGUUCUAUAAAGUGCUCAAGUUACUAAAGUGCUCCAAAAGGGACACUGCUUAAAGGAAGUGGUUUAAUAUAAGGAUGCAUUGAGAUACACGGCUUUCUCUAAAAUGGAUGACCUUAGAGAUGCAGUCCAAGCAGAUGCACAUGGAAAAACUAUGAAAAAUUCACUUUCCGCUGCAGACACAACAGCAAUGGAGAAUGGAGGCAAGAGUGACUUGUCAUGUACUGUGCUAGUAUCGGUAUAAUAUCAUAUAAGUUUACCAUAGCAUGAUGGAAUAUAAUUUGUUUUCAUCUAAAAUGGAGAGCAGUCAUGCUACAACAAUAAAAGUUCGAUGUGAGAUGAUCUUUUUUAGGAAGGAUUAUGAACUGGGCUCUUGUAUUUCUGGAGAAAGAGGAAUUUUGCUGCUGUUGUACAUUAUUACACUCUUUACAGUACUGUUAUACUCAUAAAUGAAUAAUAAGUAUUCUUCCUGUUUCAUACGCAA